AUGUCUCUGGACCGUACCAAGCCGGCGGAGACAUUCACCACUCAAUCAUCAUCACACCAGCAGCAACACCAGCAGCAACAGCAAGAGCAUCACGAGUCACAGACCUCAACGAUACCACAGCUUCAUCCGGGAGCUCAGCCUCCUCCAAACUCAACAUUACUCACACGGCUGCAAGUCUACUCAACCCGUAUUCCGCAGAGCUAUGUGACGCCGUUUUGUGGAGCUGGAGCGGGAGUUGCUUCUGGAAUUAUCACUUGUCCGCUGGACGUUAUCAAAACCAAACUACAAGCUCAGGGAGGUUUCUUGCGGCGAAAUGGGAAGCUAGUACAGACAGAAGCUCUGUAUAAGGGGAUGAUAGGGACUGGGCGGACCAUUUGGCGGGAUGAAGGUCUUCGUGGAUUAUACAAAGGCCUGGGACCAAUGCUUCUGGGCUACCUUCCUACAUGGGCUGUCUACUUGACCAUAUACGAUAGAGCAAGAGAUUACUUCUAUGUUCAGACAGAAAACUGGUGGCUUGCCCGAACAUAUGCAUCGUUGACUGCCGGAGCUUGCUCAACCAUUGCAACCAACCCUAUAUGGGUCAUAAAAACUCGACUCAUGUCCCAGAGCAUACGGCCGUCUAAUGACGGAUUCCAGGCUCCAUGGUACUAUAAGAACACCCUGGACGCCGCACGCAAGAUGUAUGCAAGUGAAGGGAUACGGGCGUUUUAUUCUGGCCUCACACCCGCACUUCUCGGCCUCUCUCACGUCGCCAUUCAGUUCCCUCUGUACGAGUAUUUCAAACUCGCGUUCACGGGGUUCAUGAUGGGCGAGCAUCCCGAUGCAGGUAACCCACAUUGGGUCGGCAUUGGCGCUGCCACUUUCCUCAGUAAAAUCUGUGCCAGCACGGCUACAUACCCGCAUGAAGUACUGCGCACCAGGUUACAAACGCAACAGAGAAUCAGCCCCGCUCCAUCCCCAGAAGGGAUUUCAUUCCGGGUCUCAGAUGAUUCAUACCGCAGCGCCACCGGUGUUGGAGCUGCAUCCUCCGAUGGAAUGCCCAAUCGGCCCCGUUAUCGGGGAGUUAUUCGAACAUUCCAAACGAUAUUGAAAGAGGAAGGAUGGAGAGCAUUUUAUGCCGGUAUAGGCACGAACCUUUUCCGAGCUGUCCCUUCUGCUAUGACUACCAUGUUGACGUAUGAGUACCUACGUAAUAUAAUACAUUGGGGUCAACAUGAAGGAGAAAUAAUACUAGCUUCAUCAGUGGAGAAUCACCAUCUAUGA